UCGGAUGGAGCCUCGCCUGCCUCCGCCAUUUUGGAGACAAAGAAGGAAGGAAGGAAGGAAGGAGCGUCCGGGGCGGCGGUUGAAUCCCAAAAGAAAGAGAGAGAGAAAGAGAGAGAGAGAGAGGGAAAACGAGGAUUCUGCGGAGCCACCUCUUGGGUGCAGUAAGGAAACCAAUAAUACCAGAAGAAGAAAUCCUCUCAAGGUGAUGGCCUUGCUGAAUUCCUGAUCUCACUUACCGAUAAGAGAGGAAAAAAGAAGAGUCAAGUAUCAGUAUUGCAAUUAAGCACCCAUAUCACUGUUGACAUGACGGAGAAAGCAUUUAAAUGCCUGGAGUGCGGAAAAAACUUUACUGAGAGUAGGAGCCUGCGAUUGCAUCAAAGGACUCACACUGGAGAGAAACCCUAUAAAUGCCUGGAGUGUGGAAAGAGCUUCACUGGGAGUGGACGCCUACAUUUGCAUCAACAGACUCACACUGGAGAGAAACCCUAUAAAUGCCUGGAGUGUGGAAAGAGCUUCAUUCAGAGUUCAAGUCUACGGGUGCAUCAAAGGACUCACACUGUGGGAAAACCCUAUAAAUGCCUAGAGUGCGGAAAGAGUUUCACUUCUAAUUUAGGUCUAUGUUUCCAUCAAGGGACACACACUGGGGAAAAACCCUAUACAUGCCUGGAGUGCGGAAAGAGUUUCACUCAGAGGAAUAUUCUGCAGCGACAUGAAAAGACUCACACUGAGGAAAAACCCUAUACAUGCCUGGAGUGCGGAAAGAGUUUCACUCGGAAGGAUAUUCUGCAGCAACAUGAAAGGAUUCACACAGGGGGGAAACCCUAUACAUGCCUGGAGUGUGGAAAGAGCUUCACUAGGAGUGGACACCUACGUGUACAUGAACGGACUCACACUGGAGAGAAACCCUAUACAUGCCUGGAGUGCGGAAAGAGCUUCACUGUGAGCGGACACCUACGUACACAUCAACGGACUCACACUGGAGAGAAACCCUAUAAAUGCCUGGAGUGCGGAAAGAGCUUCACUGAGAGCGGACACCUACGUACACAUCAACGGACUCACACUGGAGUGAAACCCUAUACAUGCCUGGAGUGCGGAAAGAGCUUCACUGAGAGCGGACACCUACGUACACAUCAACGGACUCACACUGGAGAGAAACCCUAUACAUGCCUGGAGUGCAGAAAGAACUUCACUGACAGUGGAAGCCUACGUUUUCAUCAAAGGACUCACACUGGAGAGAAACCCUAUACAUGCCUGGAGUGCAGAAAGAGUUUCACUUCUAGUUCAGGUCUACGUUCACAUCAACGGACUCACACUGGAGAGAAACCCUAUAAAUGCUUGGAGUGUGGGCAGAGUUUCACUUCUAGUUCAGGUCUACGUUCACAUCAGAGGACUCACACUGGAGAGAAACCCUAUACAUGCCUGGAGUGUGGACAGAUUUUCACUUCUAGUUCAGGUCUACGUUCGCAUCAACGGACUCACACUGGAGAGAAACCCUAUAAAUGCUUGGAGUGUGGGCAGAGUUUCACUUCUCGUUCAGGUCUACGUUCACAUCAGAGGACUCACACUGGAGAGAAACCCUAUAAAUGCUUGGAGUGUGGACAGAGUUUCACUUCUAGUUCAGGUCUACGUUCGCAUCAAUGGACUCACACUGGAGAGAAACCCUAUAAAUGCUUGGAGUGUGGACAGAGUUUCACUUCUAGUUCAGGUCUACGUUCACAUCAAUGGACUCACACUCGGGAAAAACCCUAUACAUGCCUGGAGUGCGGAAAGAGUUUCCCUUCUAGUUCAGGUCUACAUUCACAUCAAUGGACUCACACUGGGGAAAAACCCUAUACAUGCCUGGAGUGCGGAAAGAGUUUCACUCGGAGGUCUCAUCUGCAGCAACAUGAAAGGACUCACACAGGGGAGAAACCCUAUACAUGACUGGAGUGUGGAAAGAGCUUCACUGGGAGUGGAUGCCUACAUUUUCAUCAAAGGACUCACACUGGAGAGAAACCCUAUAAAUGCCUGGAGUGUGGAAAGCGCUUCACUGAGAGUGGAAAGCUACGUUUGCAUCAGAGUACUCACAUUGAAGAGAAACCCUAUAAAUGCCUGGAGUGUGGAAAGCGUUUCGCUGAGAGUGGAAAGCUACGUUUGCACCAAAGGACUCACAUUGGAGAGAAACCCUAUACAUGCCUGGAGUGAGGAAAGAGCUUCACUGAUAGUUCAGGUCUAUGCUUACAUCAGAGGAUUAACAUCCUGGAGUGUGGGACAAACUUCUCUGAGCGUUCAAAUCUUCAUCGGCAUAGAAUUCACAUUGAAGGGAAUAGUGGUAUUUGACCCUCAAGAGACUUGCUAAGACAGAGCUUUCCAAACUUUUAAUGUUGGUGAUACAUUACUUGCUAAAGGGGCCGGGCUGUGGCGCAGCUGUUGAGCAGCUGCCUUAAAUCACUCUGACCAUGAGGUCAUGAGUUCGAGGCCAGCCCGUGGCGGGGUGAGCACCCGUCAAUUAAAAAUAAAAAAUAGCCCCUGCUCGUUGCUGACCUAGCAACCCGAAAGAUAGUUGCAUCUAUCAAGUAGGAGAUAAGGUACCACUUAUAAAGUGGGGAGGCAAGAUUAACUAAUUUACGACCUGGAAUGAGGAAGUGCCGUCAGUGUGGAUGAUGAAGCAGCUGCUCCCCCCUGUGGCCAGAAUCGAACAUCCCCUCAGGAGAAGGUUAACUUGCCUCUGCGUGUGUCUCUCAGUCUCUGUUUGAUGUGUUUAUGGGCAUUGAAUGUUUGCCCUAUGUGUGUAUAAGGUGAUCCGCCCUGAGUCCCCUUCGGGGUGAGAAGGGCGGAAUAUAAAUACUGUAAAUAAAUAAAUAAAAUAAAUAAAGGUUUUCUCCUUCUGGA